AUGACGAAUUUUAAAUCGUGCGUUGCAAUACUUAUUUCGGUUAGUGCAAUCAAUGGAUUCGCCUUGCCUUUCGAGGGAUUGUAUAAGCUGGAUAUAAUACAUUACAACGAUUUUCACGCCAGAUUCGAAGAGACCUCUGUGGAGACUCCAACCUGCAAGUACAAUAAUAACUCCUGCUUAGGCGGAUUUCCUCGUUUAUAUCACGAGAUCGAAGUAUUAAGGAAGGAGAAGCCGGAUUCCUUGCUCCUCAACGCCGGAGACAGUUUCCAAGGCACUUAUUGGUACACUUUACUAAAAUGGAAUAUCACUCAGCAGUUUAUGAAUCUUUUGCCUCAUGACGCACAUGCGAUUGGCAAUCACGAGUUUGAUGAUGGCCCUGAAGGUCUCGCUCCAUACCUCUCAAAUCUCAAUGCUCCAGUCGUCGCUGCCAACAUGGACUCCUCGAAGGAGCCGUGUCUACAAGGGCUGUAUAAACCCCAUGUUAUUGUGGAGCGAAAAGGACGACGUAUCGGAAUCAUUGGUCUCAUCACUACAGAUACUGCGAAAUUAUCAUCUCCCGGUAAUGUGGUCUUCACUGAUCCCCGGGUAGCAGUUCAGCGUGAGGCUCAAGCUUUAACUGAUAAAGGCGUGGACAUCAUAAUUGUCUUGUCACAUUGUGGUCUGGAUAUUGACAAAGAGUUGGCCCGUGACUACGGCCAGUAUAUAGACUUAAUUGUUGGUGGUCACUCUCAUUCUUUACUAUGGAAUGGGCCAUCACCUAGUCACGAGGCUGUUGCUGGCCCCUACCCUGUCUUUAUAGAACCCAGUGCUGAUAAGAAACAUAAGACACUGAUCGUGCAAGCGUCAGCGUUCACUAAGUAUAUGGGCAAUUUGUCUGUUUACUUUGACUUCCGAGGUGAUUACGUUAAAUGGGAAGGGGGACCUAUUUUCUUGAAUAGAUCAAUCCUUGAAGAUAAAGAGGUAAAAGCGAAACUAGCACCAUUCGCAGAAAUAGUGCACAAGGCGGAGAAUGUGCCAAUAGGAGAAACGUUAACAUCUUUGUACUUUGAAGAUUGCGUAUUUGGAGAAUGUGCAUUGGGAGAUGCGCUGACUGAUUCGCAGAACGAAUAUGCCAAAGAAAAGGUUAAAUCUCCAUUGGAUCACAUAUCAUUCGUUCAAAGGGGAAAUAUAAAAUCCACGAUCCCUGAAGGAACGAUAACUCAAGGCACGGUGUUCGAGUUACUACCCUUCAAUGACAGGAUGGAAUCGUUCGAAUUGCAAGGGAAGUGGGUUUUAGAAGCAUUGGAGAGGAGCGUCAGCGAGGCCUGGGAUCAACAUCCGUUCAAAGGACCAUGGGUAUUACAAAUAUCUGGUUUAAAGGUAACGUAUGAUUUAUCGAAACCGGAGGGCCAACGUGUUGUGUCAACGAGUGUUGGAGAUAACAGUGGCGCCCCCUUGGACAGUGAUAAGUUUUACCAAGUGACAGCGCCCGCUUAUUUGGCCGACGGAGGUGAUGGGUUCACUAUGUUCAGAGACAACAGAAAGAACGUUCAAGUUAUCGGCAGAGACCAGAAUAUAUUUGUUACAUACAUCAAGAAACACUCUCCUUUAAAUAUUGUGAAAGAUGGAAGAAUACAAUUCAUCGAUAAUUAA